CCGCGGUUCCAGCCCAGAGUUGCAGYUCCAGCGGGUCCACGCCAGUGUCCGGACCAGACCCGAGCCCAGCCCGCAGCCUUGGGGGCCCAGGGCCCUCCUGUGCCCAGACACUGCAGGAAGACAGUAGCUGCUGUCCUCUGUAAUGCUGGGCAGGCGUCCAUCCACCUCCUGACCAGCUGAAGUGAUGAUCAGAACCCAGUGUCCAUCUUCCGGAGCAGUUUGCCUUGGCUGAAGGGACGCGUGCUCUCCUGUGACGAGGACCUUGCAUUACGCUGCAGAGAAAGCAGGCCCGGGCGGAGGGCUCAGCUGGAGUGGAGCAGGGGGCGGUGGGCAGAGCUGAGGAGCUUGGCCRGCAGAGGCUGGUCCUGAGAGAGGCUGGGACGCAGCCCGGUGGAGCCAGCCCUGGGGACAGCAAGAUGACCUCAGAGCACAGGGAUGUCCUCGUGCUGCUGCCCGCCCAGAAGCAGCUGCGGCUGGCAGUCGGGGUGAGGGCCACGGCGCGGGAGCUGUUCCAGCAGGUGUGCGGCGUGCUGGGCCUCCGGGAGGCCCGCUUCUUCGGCCUCAGCGUGGUCAGAGACAAUGAGCACGUGUUCAUGGACUUGGAGCUCAGGCUCAGCAAGUACUUCUCAGAGGACUGGAAGAGAGGAGCUCAAGGGGGCUGGAGGCCCCGGGCGCCCUUCGUCACCUCCCUCCGAGUGCAGUACUACGUGGAGAACGGGAGGGUCAUGAGCGACCAGGUGGCCCGGCACCUGUACUACUGCAGCCUGAAGGAGCGGGUGCUGCGGUCCCAGUGCGCGCAUAGGGAGGAGACCUACUUCCUGCUGGCCGCCCUCGCGCUGCAGGCCGACCUGGGCAGCCACCGCAAGCCGCCGCACGUCGGGCGGUACUUUGAGCCGCAGGCCUAUUUCCCACAGUGGGUCAUUGCCAAGAGGGGUGUGGACUACAUCCUCCGGCACGUGCCCACCGUGCACCGUGAGCAGCAGGAGCUGAGCCCGCAGGCAGCUGUGCUGAGGUUCAUCAGGGACGCCUGUCAGCUGGAGGACGUGCCYGUCCACUUCUUCAGGCUGUACAAGGAUAAGAAGCGUGAGCACCCCACCUUCCUCCUGGGACUCACCCUCAAGGGAAUGCAUAUCUAUCAGGUGAGAGAGGGACUCGCCCCUCCCUGGAGGCCCACCUGGCUGCCCUCCUGGAUCAGUGCCUCUGUCUUGCAGGAGGUGAGCCACGCUCCGCAGCUGCUGCAUGACUUGCCCUGGCCCUGCAUCAGGAAGCUGGCCUUUCUGGGAAAGAAGCUGGAGAUCCAGCCCGCAGGGCUGCCCGCAUCCCGGAAGCUGGUUUUCUACACGGGUUUUCCCUGGCGCUCCCGGCACCUGCUCCGGCUGCUCCGCUCCAGCCACCAGUUCCACCUCAGUGUGAAGCCCCUGCUGCAGCGGCUGCAGCUGCUGGAUGAGGCUGAAGAGAAGAAGCACUACCAGGAGGCCUACAUCAGCGACCCGCUGGAACUGGACCCAGAGCUGGCCAGCAGGCACGGGAGGGACACUGGCCUGCACCACCACCACCGCCUCUCGCUCAGCUCUGCUGACAGCCACGGCAGUGCCCACACACUGGGCACAGAGGCCGACUCUCAGCAUGCAGAAUCUGGGGAGGUCUCUGUGGAUGAGCCCGUAGCGGCCGAGGGCCUCUGCAGGAAGAUGCCGUCCAUCAGCUUCAGGGACAGCGGGGGCAGCAAAGCCUCCUGCUCGGAGCCCUUCACAGUGGUGCAGGUCCCGCUGGCCAGGGCCAGAGGCCAGAGCACCGAGGUCCUACACAAGGUCCGGGAGGCAGAGCCCAGCGGCAGGGAGGCCCUGCACAGCCACAGCCUGGACCACAUGCAUCAGCUCCAGCCAGCCCCUGGCCCUGCACCUGCCUCUCACACCUGUGCCUUCAGCUGCGCCCUGGCAGGGCUGCUGGUGCCCCAGGAGGCCAGGGCUGCCCUCUGUGGCAAGAGGUCCAUGAACCGUCUCUCCCUGGACCUGCUCAGGGAGGGCGCGUCCUUGCAGGAGUUUGUGGUGUAGAGACUGUCCACAGGUGCCUCUGUCUGCGCCUGCCAGCCUGAGGGAGGCUCACCCACACCACUGUCCUGUGGCCAGCCCGGGGCAGGGCGGUCUUGGCCCUUGCCUCUUCUAUCUUCCAACCCCCACUUCCUGGCUAGCUUCCAACGGUCUCCCCCUGUGGGAGGUGUGAAGCCAGCUCGGACGUCAGCCCAGGGUGACGGGGGUCCUCCUCACGCCUGUCUGUGGCCCAUAUGAUAAGUCAGGGUCUGGACAUCCAGCGUCCAGGAGAGCCAGGAGUCWGUGGUGUUGACCUUGGGGCAGCGCAGCAGCCUCUGUGAAGGGUGUCUGGCCAGCCUCAGGCCCUGGGGGAGCCUGGCCUCCUGCACUUACACUGCCCGCCUGGGCCCUAAACCCAAAGCUGCAGCUCACCGUUGCACCACUGUGCCACGGCCUCUCCUGGACCUUGCUUUUUGUGAUUCUGCUCAGAAGUUCAAGGUCCUGCAGAUGCAGGCCUCUCCUGCACUCUGGGCCCAGCUGUCUCCCAGGCCCACCCAGAGACCCUGUCACCUCCUGCACAGACACACCACCAGGUAGACCCCUGCCCUGAGGCUGAGGCCCCUCCCGCCCCAGGCCGUGCUCUCUUCCGAGACAUCCCAGCCUGGCCCAGGAGUGCUGUGGCCCCACGGCCCUGCUGGUGGCAGGGAAGGUGCCUUGGUUGGGGCUGCUCCUCUGCCUCAUCUGCCUGCCACCCAGUGGCCCCUGCCUUCCUCCCAGGAGGCUCCAGGGGCCGCAGGCAGGUGGAUCCCACGGGUAAUUCCGCCUCGGUGUCUUYGGUGCCUGAAAAGCCCAGGGCGGGGCUUCAUUACUGUGGACUCUACACAGGGGCCUGCCAGCAUCCUGCUGUCCUGCUUACUUGGACAUGUGGACUCGUGUGUCUGUUGGCUAAGCCCUAUGUGGUCACUGGGAGCCACAGCGGCUAAAGAACCAAGCACACCCAGAGCCUGGGUUCGUCCUCUCCAGGGGGCUGGGACCAGGGGUCUGGGACCAGGGGUGACAGUUCUGCAGUGAGUGCCCUCGGGGACUUCUGUCCAGCUGAAGCCUUCAUCCCAGGACAGUGUGACGUGCAGGGAAAGAUCCGCCCAGAGAUCCAUGUGCAGCUGGGGACUGUGGUGGGAAAGGCACCGGAGCUGUGAGGACAGUGGCCAGGACCAGGCCUCACACGGCUGGCACAGCUGCCUUCCCCAGGACGGGAUGGGAAGGGGUAGAGAAGGGGUUCGCCUGGCCUGGGGAGGGUCAGACCAGCUCCCUUCAGAGACGCUCGAGGAGCAAAAGCCCAGCCCACGUAGGGCAGGAACAUGCCACUGAGGGAGCAGGYGUGGUGAGGGCCUGGACAGGAUCCUGCCCACACAAAGAGGUCCUCACAUGUGCACGCGCAACCCACAUGCAUCACACCCCGCGGGCAGGCGCAGGAAUGCGGAGGACGAGGCAAGCGAGGCUCUCACAUGGGGUCAGGCGAGCUCCCAGCCACCGGCCUCGCCUUCCCCGCAAGUGUUCCCGGAGAAAGGGCCCGGGAAGUCCCUCCCAGCACAGCACCCACAGCCGAGGUGGAGGCAGCAUGGCUGAGGGUCACCCUGAGGUCCCUCUGCUCCUCAAGGACUUGCCUGGCCCCCAGCACACCAGCCGGGGCAUGGGUUCCCAUUCACCGACAGGGACGGCAUGGCCACUGCGUCUCCUCUUCUUCCCUGGCUGCUGGGGUCGAGGGUUGACCUGUCAGGCCUGGGUCUCACAGCAUCAUCAGUGUCACUGUCACCACCAGGGCUCCCAUGGGGCCCUGAGUCCUCUGCUGAGGGUGAGCAGGCACCAUGUGCCAUGAGGCCAUGGCUGAGGGUGGGGACCCAAUGCCUGCUGUGAGGACAGUGGCCAGGACCAGGGCCUCACACAGUGAGUCCUCCCUGAGUAGCCAGGGUGACCUGUCCAGCCCCCACCCACGGUGGGGUUACCUUUUCGUUCUGGCUACUUCUCCUCGUGUCUGGGAUGGACCGGGAGCCCCAGCUGGUCUCUGCCAGCCCUCCCAGAGCCGGUCACAGCCUCUCUUCAAGACGUCCCCUGCCAGUCCCCUUGGCCCUGCCCUGUGUGUCCUGACUUCUCAGCACAGCUGUGGGCAGCAGCAGAAGGUCACAGGGAGGCCGGGACCUGCACCCUAUGUCCUUCCAGAUGGGAGGCAGAGGGGGCUGCUGGCUGACCCAAGAACCCACUUGGGCCCUGUGGGCUUUCUAUUUCUGUCCUUCCUCUGGGCCUGGGGCCCAUGGAGAGUUGAGCCAAGUGACCUCAACCACCAGGCAGCCCUGCUGUGGCUGCCAUCUCUGGUCUGCGAGGUGGGUGGAGAGGACACUUAGAGGUCGACGGGUCAGCCCCAGGCCAGGGUCUCACUUCCUGCCUCACCCAGAGGCAGUGUGGACCCUCCGCACUCUGACUUCUAGCUGGCACACUCGCUUCUUGGGGARCAGAGCGUGCUCUUGUGUUCCUGUCCUCGGUGCCCUGGUCAGCACCCCCAUCGGAGGCUGGAGACUGCCAGCUGGAGUCCAGCCCUUCUGGGACAGCCUGCGCAGCUCCAUGACARUGCGGCCUGGACGGCUGCUCUGUGGCUGGAGAUAGGAGGAGCCGGGCCUCCGGUGCCUUCCAGGGUCCUCCACGCCAAGCAGCAGGGCUCAGGCAGCAGCCCCCCAGCAGCCCCAGAGGCAGGUUAAGCCGUGGGCUCAGCAAUGUGCGCAUGCAGUUACAGCUUCAUAGAAUGUGCAGGCGACUUUGCAGCUGAGGGGGCUGGGACCCCAUCCUUUUCCACUGGGCACCACCGCUCUCCCCAUCAUGGCUGACCACACGGGRCCUGAGGCAUGCAGGGGGCUGGCGCAGCCCUGGGGCCACAGCUGCAGACAUCUAACUCGGCCUGGCGUGAGGCAUCCAGGGCUCAGGCCAGGUUGCAGGGGUGGUGAACUUCCGGGACUGGACAGCACAGGGCGGAGGCCAUGUCACAGGAUGGGCAUGUCCUCCCCAAAGCAGAGCACCAGGGGGCCGCAGAAACACCUCCCAAUCCCGCAGCCCCUCUCUCAGCCCUGGGUCCUCAUCAUGUCACCAGUUACCCGGCGCAGGGGACAUGCCUCAGGCUCACUGCUGGGAGCUGGCCUGCCAAGCCAGGAGAGCCGCGUGGUUCAGAGCGUGGUUCACAGGACCGGCUGCAAAGGCCCCGGGCUGUGUGUGGCUCGUUACUCAGGCAACCAGUUCAUAAAAGUGCUGAC